AUGGAUGUUCCGCCAGUUCAGGCAUCCUUUGUGUUGUGCGAAUGUGUAUUUUCAUCCAGCAAAGAAACAUGCACACUCCGUCGAAGCAGAUUCUCACCACGAGUAUUGGAAGCACUCCAGAUUCUCAAGUUGUCUUACAGACAGGAGAGACUAUGUUUCACUAGGGAAUCAAUUGCAAAAGAGGAUGACUAUCAAAUUUCAGGGCCUGUGACAUGA